CAGGACAUACUGUAAAUAUGGGAGGUCUGUGCUAGGUGGCACCAGAGGGCCCGGGCUCAGGCUGUGACAGAGGAGCGGCUCUGGAGUGUAAACAUUGUCGUUGGUUUGAAUGAUCGAGAAGAAAAGAUAUUACUGCUCCCUCUGCCUGUGCCGCCGGUGCCAGCUGCUGCGGCCCAGUGUUGAGCAGCGCAAGAGAGAGGCCUGUGAUCCAGCCGCCCGCAGCAGCAGCUUCAGUCUCCGCAGUGCGCACGCAGAGUUCGGCCACAGACAUGUUCCGGAGGAUCCUGCAGCUGACUCCGGGCAGAGUUGGCUCUCAGAAUUCUGAAUCGGACUCAUCCGCAACCCCAGGGAACACGGUUAACAAUGAAAGUACCUCAGAGGGCUUCAUUUGUCCACUGUGUAUGAAAUCGCAUGGAACGGCAGAAGAACUUUUUAAACAUUAUGAAGCUUCUCAUGAACCAGCUAGUGACCCUGGUCAUGGAGAAGCCAAUUCAUCUUCAAAAAGGGAAGAGGUACUGCUACUUCGACAGGAGGUACAGGACUUGCAAGCAUCACUUAAGGAAGAGAAAUGGUAUGCAGAAGAACUGAAAAAGGAAUUGGAAAAGGUUCAAGAGCAACUGAAGCAAACACCAGAUGGGAUGACCACAGUAGCAGCUACAGAACUUGAGUCGUUAGAGCAGCAGCUGGAACAAGCCAAGACUGAGAUCUUUAAUAUAAAACAAAUGAAGGACCUGUUUGAGCAGAAAGCAGCACAACUAGCUACUGAAUUGGUUGAGAUUAAAGCGGCCUAUGAUGAAGAGAAAGGUCACUUAGCAGCAACUGAAGAGAAAGUGAAGCUUUUUACACGGGAGCUAGAGACCAAGUCACAAGUGAUAGAAGACUUGAAGACUGAGUUGUUACAACGACCUGGAAUUGAAGAUGUCGCUGUGCUGAAAAAGGAGCUUGUCCAGGUUCAAAUGUUGAUGGACAAAACCUCACUGGAACGUGAAAAAGAAUCUGAGAAGCUGAAAGAUGAGUGCAAACAGCUACACGUUCAAAACAUUAACGCUGAGGCCACCAUUAACCAAUUAAAAGCUGAGCUUUUAAAAGGCCCACAGGAAGUUGCAGUGUAUGUCCAGGAGCUGCAGCAGCUCAAAGGUUCCAUGGCUGAGUUAUCGCAGAAAAAUGAGAGCUUAGUGGAAAAACUCUUAAAGAAAGAGUUGGAUUACACUCAGAUGGAAGAGAAACACAAUGAGGAGAUCAUGUCCAGGAAGAACCUGCAAGUUAACCUCAACCAGAAGGACGUGGAGUGCCAGCAGCUCCAGGCACGGCUGUCUGCCAGUGAGGCCUUGCUGCAAACUCUCCGAAUAGAGAUGGCUGAGAAGGGAGAAGCCAACCAGAAACUAAAAGAGGAGCUGUCUGAGGUGGAGAUCAAGCACCAGCAUCUCAAAGCGGAGUUCAAACAGCUACAGCAACAACGGGAAGAGAAGGAGCAGCACAGUCUGCAGCUGCAAAGUGAGAUCAACCAGCUCCACAGCAAGUUGCUGGAGACAGAGCGCCAGCUAGGGGAAGCUCAUGGCAGGCUGAAAGAGCAGAGACAGCUGUCUGCGGAGAAACUGAUGGACAAGGAGCAGCAGGUGGCGGAUUUGCAGCUGAAGCUCUCACGUGCUGAGGAGCAGCUGAAAGAGAGAACCUCUACAACAACUGACCUACAGCAUCAGCUGGAGAAGAUAAGACAGCAGCACCAGGAGCAGCAAACACUUCAGCAGACCACUACAUCUAAACUGAGAGAAGCGCAGAAUGAUUUGGAACAGGUAUUACGUCAGAUUGGGGACAAAGACCAAAAAAUUCAAAACCUUGAGGCCUUGCUGGAAAAGAGCAAAAAGAAUAUCUCUGUACUUGAGAAGGAGAGGGAAGACCUGUGUGCCAAAAUUCAAGCAGGAGAAGGAGAAACUGCUGUCCUCAACCAACUACAAGAGAAGAACCACACUCUGCAGGAACAGAUAUCACAACUGACAGAGAAGAUGAAGAACCAGUCAGAAAGCCACAAGCAAGCGCAAGAAAAUUUGCAUGAACAAGUCCAGGAGCAGAAGUCACAACUUCGCGCAUCAGAAGACCGUGUUCAGUCUCUCGAGACCUCCCUAGAGGAGAUCUCCAGUCAUCUGAAUGAAAGCAAAGAAAAAAUGGUCCAGCUAGAUUUACAGAUCAAAGCAAAGACUGAGCUGCUGUUAUCAGCGGAAGCUGCAAAGUCUGCACAAAGGGUUGAUUUACAGAAUCAUUUGGAUACAGCCCAAAAUGCAUUGCAAGACAAGCAACAGGAAUUAAAUAAAGUCAACACUCAACUUGAACAAGUGACGACAAAAUUCCAGGAGAAGCAUGAGCACUGUAAUCAGCUGGAGCAGAGUUUUAAAGAGUACAAAGAAAAGCAUCUCACUUUAGAACAGAAAGCUGAGGCACUUGAGGGACAGAUCAAGAAACUGGAAGCAGACCUGGCAAGUGUGAAAGCUAGCCGUGAGCAGAGCCUUCAUGAUCUCCAGCUACAGAAGCAGCUGAGCUCACAAUUGGAGCUGAAAGUGGCAGAACUGAGCAAACAACUGGAGGAUGAGAAGGGAUUAGUGUCUACUACUAAGCAGGAGCUGCAGAAAAAGUCUGAUUCCCUGCUGCAUGCCAAAGAAUCUCUUUCAAAGCAAGAGAAAGAGCUGAGCAGUCUCAAGGAGACGGUACAGAAGUUGAAAACGAACCUGGAAAAAAUGACAACACAAGAGCGGGAGGCUUCUAGUAAUGUGGAGAAAUUCAGGCUUGAGAGAGACACUUUGCAAAAAGAUCUAUCAGAAGCCAAAGACAAGUUAACAAAAAACACGGAGUCCUUAGAAAAGACGAGAGGGCUGGUGGAAAAGGAGCGUCAGAGCGCCAAAGAGCUGAUUGAGACCAUAGAGAAAUCACGGGAUGAAAUGAAGGUUAAGCUGAAAGCACAGGCAGAGUCUGCAGCUAAAGUGCAGGAGCUCAGCACUCAGCUGACUGCUAAAGAGGAGGAAUUCACUAAAUUGAAGUCUCAAAUACAGUCUUGUAAUGAUAGGAUACAGGGUUCUAUUAAAGAUAAAGAAAAACUUCAACAAGAACUUCAGGCACAGCUGAAAAAGAUCCAAACCUCUUCUGAAGAAGAUAAGAAAAGACACGAAAAGGAUAUGCAAGUUCUUACUGCCCAAUUGGAUGAGAAGGCACAGUUAGAAAAAAAACUGCAGCAACAGAUCGCAUCACUAACUGGUGAGCUGGUGUCUGAGAAAGGAAAGCUGUCUGACUUGCAGAAAGCCAGUGAUGACCUCCAAGGAAAACUGGGAAGUCUCCAGUCUGAUAUGUAUGGAAAGGAGUCUGAAGUUUCUGCAAUCCGACAAGAUCUAAAAUCUGUAGAGGAAAAGCUCAUCCUAGCUCAGGAGGAGCUGAAAUGUAACCGGAAUGAAAUAAGCAGCCAGAAUAAACAGAUAAAAGAGCUGACCACACUGAAGACCUCCAUGGAGCAGGACAUAUUGACAAAGACAAAUCGGCUAAAGGAGCAUGGGCAAAGCCUGCAGGAAUUACAAGCACAUAAGACCCGCACUGACAAAGAGCUGAGUGACGAAAGGGUGAAAGCUAGUAAUCUUAAUUCUCUAAAGGAAAAGUUUGAACAGGAACUAAUGAAGAAGACAGAAGAACUAAAGAACGUCAGAGAGGACUACCAAAAGAAAAUAAGCAGUUUGGAGGAAGCCAAGCAACUACUAAUUCAGCAGAAGCUUGAGGUGCAGGGCAAGAUGGAGGGCUCUGCGACUGCUCUGCAACAGGAGAAGCUGCUGCAGCAAACUCUAAAGGAUGACCUGAAAAGAAAGGAGGUGGAAUGGAAGAAGCAGCAUACAGAGCUGCAACAUAAACUUACUACAGAAGCAAAAGAUAAAGAGGAGCAAAGAAAGAAGCAUGAAGAGAAUGAGUCAAAGCUGACUAUGCAAAUCACAGCAUUAAAUGAAAACCUCGCUACGCUAAAGAAGGAAUGGCAGAGCAGUCAGCGCAGGGUCAGCGAGCUGGAAAAGCAAACCGAUGACCUGCGGGGAGAGAUUGCAGUGUUGGAAGCAACAGUACAGAAUAACCAGGAUGAUAGGCGUGCUCUUCUAGAAAGAUAUCUUAAGAGUGAGGGUGAAAUUGAGAAGCUUCAAGCCAAAGUAGUAGAACUACGGAAGAAAGUAGAUGAAACCACAUAUGCCAUGGAGGAGCUGGGCAGAGAAAAUCAGUCACUACAGAUAAAAAACAGUCAGGCUCUAAACAGAAAGUGGACAGAGGACAAUGAAGUACAGAACUGUAUGGAGUGCGGCAAAGGAUUUUCUGUAACAAUAAGAAAGCACCACUGUAGACAUUGCGGAAAUAUCUUCUGUGCAGAAUGUUCAGCAAGGAAUGCCUUAACGCCCUCCUCCAAAAAGCCAGUCCGUGUUUGUAAUACAUGUUUUAAUGAUUUGCAAGGGUAGGAUUGCUUCCCUAGACAAAUUACACUUAGUAUUUUUGUUAUUGCACUUCAUAAAGCACUCAAAGUACUUAUUCCUUUGGAUGGGGAUUGUAAAAUUUGACAACACAAAAAUACAUUUUGAAAUGUUUUAUUGAUACAAAGCAAACUUAUUGUAUUUUACAUAAACGCAAGCCUAAGCGUAUCCAGCUUUUUCCUAAACAUCUUUUCUGUUUUGCUGACAUUUCCAAUUUGUUUAGCUGCCUGUAAAUAGUAGGCGAACAGAAGCAACUACAGUAUGUAUUUUUUAUACAUAAUUUGACCGUAUACAAGGAAAUACGUUCGUUUGAGAUGUGAUUUGGUAAUUGAGUAAGGCUGUAAAACUGUGUAAGGAUCUAUUUGUUUUCUCAGUAAUUGUACAGCGGUGUUUCUUGCUCUGCACAGUUCUGUGCUGCAGAGAAAUAAUAGCGGUUUUACCUGGUAUUAAAACUUCCACUGUCACCCACUCCUUGCACUCACACAUCACUUGUAUGUAGUCCGCACAAGGGCAGAUCAGUGUUGGUGUACUAUUUUUUUUUUAUUUUAUUUUUUUUUUAGUACUCAAGACCUUCCUUUUGAAAGCAGAUUCUAUUGGGGCUCUUGAUGUUUGUUUUGUUUUUUUGUAUGUGGCCGACUUUAGCAGAAUAUUUACCCUAGAAAUUAGAUUGCCUGAGCUGUACGUGUCCUGUGGAGUGGACCGAUGCACAGUUAAUGUGUUUAAAAUCCACCUUAAUACUCAUAAUGUAUCUGCCUUCCGUAGCACCCAUGAAGAUCAUUGGACAAUAGACUGUGCUCUGGAAUACUGUUGUUCAUCACGUGAAUGAUACGGAUUCCUUCUUCCACCAGUGCAUAGAGUAGCCACAUUAAGCAUCUUACCAAUAUUUAGUUGCUGUAUACAAUGUACUAACAUUGAUUCACACUCCUCUCCACUCCAAAGUCAUUGGUGGAAAAAUAGGAGUAAAUUCAUAAUAUCACAUAUAUUAAGUUCUAAACAUACAGGUGACACCUACUACUAACAUAUACUGUAGCCAGAAAGGAGCAUUAUUGUGUAGUACUUACUAAUUGUGUGCACACAUUGAUACCACUUUUAAUACCAUAUAAUUAAUUUGCAUGUGCUGCUAUUUUUGGUUAUUUUUGUGUAGUAUUUCUUUAACCAUUUUACGUCAAAGGACACUUCCUUCUCAUUUUAUUCAAUGAUAACUUUGCAUAUCCUGCUGGUCCUUUAGAGAUUGUACUUUCCCUUUUCCAUGAGUAAAGUCAUGAGUUCACCACAUUAUAAUUUAUAUAUGUACACAUGUCAGGGGUUAAAGCUAACACCAGUAUUUAGAGGUUUAGUAAUGAACAACUGGAACACUAACUAGAUUGCAAUGUUUUCCUCAUAUUGUAGUUUAAGUUCUAAUAGUAAUGCCCACUGGAAGGUUCUGCCAAUUAUUGUAGCUCUUGUAAUAUUCAGCAUUCCUCUCCGUUAGUGCAGCAUAGAACAUACAUUGUUAAUUAUAUCUCUGUGUUCUGGCUUGAUCAUCUUUUCCCAAUCAUCCUGCAGAAAUGACACUGGUUAACUACGUCAUAACGGUAAAAUAGAUGCUACGUUACUUACCUCUGCAAAGUGGAAAAACUAUAUAUUAGAGUCUUAAAAGUCAAUGACUCUAAAAUGGUGGCACAUUAUUCCUAUAUCCAGCUACAGAAUUUUCAUAAGCCAUCUCUGUGGUUCGUGGUUUCUAGUCUGUCUGAGAUAGGCUGCUUACUGAAGUCAUAAUUGAAUGUACUACCUAGGACAAAAACAGCGCACUUUCUGUGUAGCACAUCCUUCAAUCCUUCCCUUCAUUGGCUAAGUGUUUACAUGUUGCCAAAUGUCAAAUAUUUCUGACUCUUUAGGUCAUACCCAAAUCCAUAGUUGUGCAGUUUUGUUUUACGCUUUACUGGUGACUGCUGCAGUUGUGGCCCAAAUAAAGAUCUUUGGGAGUGAGGUUUAGGGUCCUCUUUAUAAAGUGGCGCUUCCUGCUGGGUUGGAUGUGAAACUAGAAAAUGGCAGUCGGUGUAUAAAGCAUGCCGGGCCUAACUGAAUGCAAGUGCAGUUUUACAUUUUCACCUCCAGCCCAGAGGGACGGAGCUGCCGCAUUGUAAAUAAGGCCCAUAGUGUCAAGAUGAGGAAGGUAUUCUAUGUAAAUCUACUGUACAAUAUUGUAGCUAUAUUUUUCUUUUUUCAAGGAUAUUCGACUGGAAAUGCGGAAAAGUAACUUUACAGAUAUAUAUAGUGUAUGAUUUUGUGACUAAAGUCAUUUUGUGAAAAUGUAACUGUGUGUCUGUACAACUUAUGGUUUAUAGCCUGGUUAAGGAAAAGUAAAUGAUCAUGCCCGUGUACAUAUGUAGUGUACCUGUGCUGUUUAUCUUUUUGGUCUAGUAACGUUCUUUCAUUUAUCAGAAUAGCUAUUAUAGCCAGGCUUAUUGGCCUUGUAGGUAUGAACUAGUAUUAUCCGCCACAGAAAUAUUUUAUUAAAUUUGUUUUUAGGUUUAAAUGUAUUGAUCCAAAAGUGAGAGCCCUGUUGGGUUUGGACAUUAAUGGUCUACAUUCCUCUGUACUUACUAGAGUGGACAGAGCGCAGAUGAGAGCAGUGCUGAGACCAUGUGUUUAUGCAGUCGCUGGACUGGUUUGGUCAGAUCGCUCGUGGCUUUGCUAGGUGCUGUUACCAGAGGAGUGAACUACAGUAUGUUGUCAUUUGUGUAUUUAAGAGAAUCCAAAUUGUGACAAGUACUUUUCUAACAACAUAUACCAGGUGCCUACAUUUUAUUUUUAUUUUUCCAUUUAAUUUACUAUUUUUGUAUUGUAUUUUUACAAAUUGUUAGCUUUUUGUGGAAAACAUGCCAUUUGUCCUAGCGAAGUGUGGUUGAAUGCUAACUAGAAUUAUUUGUGGGGAUCAGAACCACCAUCACUGAAAGCAGAACUUUGCCCAGCAGCUGCAAGACCUGCUUUCGAAAACUGAGAUCUGUGCUAGUUCUACCUCUGGAACAUCUCUACUGUAUUGGGUAGGAAGCCCUUGGCCCCAUUACAACAUCUAUAGUGAUUAGUACAGUGGCCUGGCAGCAGCAGAAUGUACCUGGCCAUAAAAGGUGGCACCUGAAUUGAAUGCUCACAUUCGGCGGCCAGUUCACAUCACACUCUGGGGCAAUAUCUUCAUCCUCUGAGCCAAUUGCUAAAUUGUAGUGCGACCAGGUGAGAUUCAUAUUUGAGGCAUGGACCCAAACUUAUGUGUGUCUCUGGAAAUACCAUACAUGUUCAUAUUGCCUCUGUUUCUGCAAGAUAUUUAGUAUAUGUGCAUAAUAUCUCUGACUACCUCUUUCAGUAUGUAUACUUGCUUGCUUGCUGAUAUUAGCAUGUUAUGCUACAUAUGCAAAAUCUAUUGUAGCAAGACUUAUUGUUGAUAUUAUUAUGCCAUGGGUGUAAUAUCACCAGCUUCAACAUAGCAGAUAUGCCUGAUUAAGGAGAAAUUAGACCCAAGACUUAAUUGUUUUACUCUGUAUUUCAGAGAAUUUUAUUGAUCUACAGGCUAUAUAUGUAAUAAUAAUUUGGGCAAAAUUAGCUUGUCUAAGUGCAAUAUCAUUAAUGUGCAUAAUGUGUGACUCCUGAACUAAUGAGGGCUUGUGUUUGUGCCAUUCAUGUAUUAUAUUCAGUGUGCCAUUAAGUCACCCUCAGUUCCUCUUUAUUGUGCCAUUCAUCUUUUUUUCUUCCCACAUUUGUUUUAAAGUUCCAGUACCACCUGCAGCUACUUAUCUCCUCUGACUCUGUCCUGGGUUCCGUUGUCCAACUCUGAGGCCACCACACCACCCCACCCCUGCAGCGAACUGGGGCUGUGCCAUGCUGCAAAGGGGAAUGGUUAGUGGGAGGACCAACCAGAAUCUGCUCAGAUUCCAAGCCAUUUUAAGGUGGUAACCAAACUUUCACCACUUUAAUUCAUAAUGCUGCAAGUCUGUUGCCAAAAUUAAUAAUGACAAAGCUUCAUUUAAGUAGCCCACACAUACAUUGUAGAAAAAUGUCCUCAGUGUAUAAUGAAGGUCAUAAUUGCACCCAAAGAAAUCAGACAAAUGCUCCAUCCAAAUUUAAGCAAUGUUGUGGCGGAAUUCAGUUGUUUUUCUGCUGGCAGCCAGGAGAUGGUGCCCAAACAGAGCUAUUCAAUUGAAAACCUGUUCAGGCACUAUGGCUGCUGGUGUCUGCAUUUAAGAUCGCACUCCCCAGAGGUAGUGAGCUGAAAUGCGCAAAAAGUGACCCAUUUGUGCGCUGAAACUGCACUUUUUACAGCAGUUUCGUUGAGUUUAGGUGCUUUAUGUGGCUAAACCUGACCUCUAUCAGGGCAAUAAAAACAAUCAAUUGAAUGAUCUCCCAUCACUUUAGUUGGGAGAUCGGGUGUGAUAUAACAUUUGAAUAUCGUCCUCUAUGAUUGAUUUACCACCUCAGAUUUCUAUAAUGAGUAUAUGUUGUGUAGAAGGGCUCAAUCUUGCAUUCAUGUGACCUAAAUCUAUCAGCUUCAAAAAUCAGAAAUGAUCACGACAACAAGAAUUCUUUGCCUCUAAAAUGUAUCAAUUUAAACUGCUGGGACACAUGCUCCAAAAAGAAGACGUACAGUAAUGUUAUUUCACAUGCAAUAACUUUACUUCUGCUUAUGUACACAAGGUAGCUACAUGUGCAAUGUGGAUUUGGACCUCUUGUAACCCAUCUGAAGAGGGAUCUUCAGAAAACUAUGGGGCGGCUGAUGUUGGGGGUUGAUGGACAGAAAGCAGGAGAUACAUCUGAUAUCUCCUGCUUUCUGUACUGUUACAUUCCAGUGACACUUAGAAAUGUGGAAACAGCUGUUUCUGCAUAUUUUAAGCACAGAAUUGACCCCAUGAAUUAUAUCAAUUUUUUCAUUAAUAUUAUACAGACAGUGGGUAUGUUCUUUGUCUCUUCUAAAAAGUAAAACUAAUCUGGUUUUCCUUCGUAAUCUUUAUUGCAAUCACCCCAUAAUUCAGAGUAGCUAUACUGUGGCCCUUUAGUUGCUAUGGAUUUAUCUGGCUGGCUACACCUGCUGAUACUACUCUUGUGGAAGCCCAUAUUUGUCUGAAUCAUACAGUAACCAUGUGUGGCAUCAUGUGCUGAUACAAGUAUACAUAAACAGUCUGAGACAUUUGUGAAAACUGGUGAGCAGGAUAAUGUACUGUAAUCAAUAUAAUGCUUUCUCUUUUCCUAGUGUGUACUACACCAAUGAUUAUAUGCAAAUUGGUUCCAGUAGAUUACAGCACAUCUUUAGUUGCACCAGUUUCAUAAAAGUACUGUAUAAGAUUCCAGACAAAGCAAAGUCCUUGUUUCUGGUUAUGUCAUGUUAGCAAAUAUAGUAAUGUAUUUAAUGUUUUGCUGUGUCUAAUACAACUGAGGAACACAUCCAUAUAACCCAUGGCACGCUGCUGCAUCGGGAAGAAGAGGGGAGGCUGCACAUAGAAUUAGCCACUGACUGAUUGUUGUUUUCCCAUUUUGCAGUGAAUGUGUGAAGCUUUUUAUGGGAUCCUGUGCACUUUGUGGAAAUUAAUUUCUGCUGAACUUUGCAAUGCAAUUUUAUGCAUAUUACACUACACUUGGCUAACUGACGCAUACAAAGUUUUGCAUGAGUAUUUGACAUGUUUUCUUUCUAAGCCCUUCUUUCAAUGUUGUGUUUACACUUGUGAUCAUGUAGUGGUGCCUUAUGGUGAGAGACUUUAUUCCAGCGCGCACUUACAUUGGAAACGUAUCCGUAACUAGACAUCUUGCGGGUCUUGGAGAUGAGUGGAGUGGAAGGAUGCCUGUUGAAAUGUUAUUUGUUUUCUAAUCUGUAUAAUAAAUGGUAAAUAAAAUAGAUCUUUCUAACUA